AUGGUGGGCAUCUUCUGGAAGUGGUGCUCCUAUGUCGAUGACGAAUUGGAACACGUCCGCGAGAUCCGGGUGGACGCCCUGCUGUCGCUGGUGCGCACCCCAACGUCAAAGUCCGCAGCAUACCCGGAGGGAGGCCACUACAACCAUUCUGAAACCGAUGCGUACCCAAACGGACUACGUAAACCACCCCAUCCGACAGGUUUUUCGAUUCCCAUCCCGGAAGACCCUGGCGCACCGAUCAGUAGAGGUCAGACUACGCACUCAAAACGCCAAACGCCCAGCGCCCCAGCCCACAUGACCGCGCCACGCGUCCCGACACGGCCUAGCGGCCGUUCCAGCCCAGAAUGA